AUGAGAGGCCAUAGUUAGUUAGAGUAGCUAAAGGCCAUCUCACUCCCAAAGAAUAGAACUCCAGCAUACCAUGAACUACCCCUGAUAACCAGAAACAGAGGGCUGACAAAACAUCAACAGGCGGUUCCUCAAAGGGUGGAAGCAGACAUCAGUACAUAACAAAGAGAUGUAUCAUCAACAACAACAGAUCCAAAACCACAGCCAACUCUUGUCAUCUAGGCAGAGUUUCCCUUCAGAGCGGCACUUGCUUAUGCAAGGAGGAAGUGUUCCAGGGGAGUCAGGGCUUGUACUCUCAACUGAUGCAAAGCCUAGGUUAAAAUGGACCCCUGAGCUACAUGAGCGAUUUGUGGAGGCAGUAAAUCAACUUGGUGGUCCAGAAAAAGCCACUCCAAAAACAAUUAUGAGGCUCAUGGGUGUACCUGGGCUAACAUUGUAUCAUCUCAAGAGUCAUCUACAGAAAUACAGACUAAGCAAAAAUCUCCAUGCUCAAGCCAAUGUGGGAAACGUGAAAAAUGCGCUAGUUUGCACCACAGCAACAGAGAAACCAUCUGAAGGAAACAGAUCACCCGUUAGUCACCUAACUCUUGGAACCCAGACAAACAAAUCUGUGCACAUAGGUGAAGCCCUUCAGAUGCAAAUUGAAGUGCAGAGACGGCUACAUGAGCAACUAGAGGUACAAAGACACCUGCAACUCCGAAUUGAAGCACAAGGAAAGUACCUACAAUCGGUCCUGGAAAAGGCACAAGAGACACUUGCAAAGCAGAAUGCAGGUUCAGUUGGUCUAGAAACGGCAAAGAUGGAAUUGUCAGAAUUGGUCUCAAAAGUGUCAACAGAAUGCCUCCAGCAUGCUUUUUCAGGCUUUGAGGAGAUUGAAAGUUCACAAAUGCUACAAGGGCACACCAUGCAUCUGGGUGAUGGAUCGGUUGACAGCUGCUUAACUGUGUGUGAUGGUUCCCAGAAAGAUCAAGAUAUCUUAUCAAUUAGCCUUUCAGCCCAAAAAGGAAAAGAGAUUGGGUGCAUGUCAUUUGAUAUGCAUGUGAAAGAAAGAGGAAGCGAGGAUUUGUUUCUCAACAAGCUAAGCAGAAGGCCAUCAAAUCACCAAGAAAGGUGUGAGAGGAGAGAUGGCUUUAGUAUGUCAUGCCAAGCAACAAAGUUAGAUCUGAACAUGAACGACACUUACGGUGGACCUAAACACUGCAAGAAAUUUGAUUUAAAUGGGUUCAGCUGGGCCUAGAAAAUGCACUAAAAACUGUUGGCGCUAUCGGUGAGAACAAGUGAAAACGGAAUAUUUCUUCCAAUGAUCAAUGGUAUUGCCAUGUCAUCCAUCUUAAGACCAACGUGAAGCUUCAUGGUUUGAUCAUAUCUGUUUAAAAUGUCCAUUCACUGAAAUAAGUGAUGGAAUUGGCAACAAGAUGGGCCACAAAAGUUGCCAAUUUGGCCAUAUAGAUGAAUAGAUCACAUUCCCGGCAUCAGUAGUAUUCAAGAACUUGGGCAUUCUCCAUUAUUCUGCCUUACUGUGAUUGUAGUCUGUACCAUAGAAAUAUAACGAAUUUUGUUUUAAAUCCCAUUUAAGCUGAUGAUUACUGAAUUGGCUAUGCCAGUGAACUGAUCUUUGUUCUCUUUCUCCAAUGCAUCAUACCUAGA